GGGCGGGCUCCGGCCAUGGCCCAUGGCAGCGCCGCGGUCAUGCUGAAGUGCGUGGUGGUGGGGGACGGCGCCGUGGGCAAGACGUGCCUGCUGAUGAGCUAUGCCAACGACGCCUUCCCUGAGGAGUACGUGCCCACCGUCUUCGACCACUACGCAGGUGAGCGGGGCGGGGGGCGGCGGCACGGAGCGGCUCGGUUCGGCUCGGCUCGGCUCCGCUCCCCCCCGCCCGACCUUGCCCCGCCGGGGCUCGCCCCGCCGCGGCCUCACCCGGUUUGUUUCUCCCUCCUCGCAGUCAGCGUUACCGUGGAGGGCAAGCAGUACCUGCUGGGGCUCUACGACACCGCCGGGCAGGAAGACUAUGACCGUCUGAGACCUUUAUCUUAUCCUAUGACCGAUGUCUUCCUUAUCUGCUUCUCAGUGGUAAACCCUGCUUCAUUUCAAAACGUGAAGGAAGAAUGGGUACCGGAGUUGAAGGAAUAUGCACCUAAUGUUCCUUUUUUACUAGUAGGAACACAGAUUGAUCUUCGUGAUGACCCCAAAACUCUGGCAAGAUUGAAUGAUAUGAAAGAGAAGCCUUUAUCUGUGGAACAAGGACAGAAAUUAGCAAAAGAGAUAGGAGCCUACUGCUAUGUGGAGUGUUCAGCUUUAACACAGAAAGGACUGAAGACUGUUUUUGAUGAAGCUAUUAUAGCCAUUCUAACUCCAAAGAAACACACGGUGAAGAAGAGAAUAGGUUCGAGAUGCAUAAACUGCUGUUUGAUCACGUGAGAUACAUUUGACAAUGGCCAGGCUUACUGUGAAAUUCUACUGAAUUUAAAUACAACGCGUUAAGUACACAGCAAACUUGUUUGAAAGCUAAAAUAAUGAUUCUGCCUUCUACAACCAGUGAAAUCCAGAGGAAUACAAUCAAAAUCAAUGAACUUUGUAAUAAGAAGCCACCACAUCUGUUACAAAUAUUUUAUUCAGACUGGAAGGUACAAUCUCUCAGGGUUACAUAGUCUAGAGGAAGCAAAAACUGCACCAUGUUGAAACAGCAUCUGUACGAUGCCAUUGAGUGGAGGUGCUUGGCCUGUAAUACUCUAAAUGAAUUUGGAUAGUCUUCUGCUAUGACUACACAUAUACAUAUAUAUCUAGAGAAAAAAAAAAAACCAACAACAACAAAAAAAAAAAAAGAAAAAACUUUUGCACAGUCUGUAUGGAAUCUGCACAAAGAAAUACCUUGUCUCUCUUUGCGCCAGUUAUCUGCUUUUGUAUGUAAGCUGCUUUCGGUUCCAGUGUAUCCACAGAGGUGCAAUAAUCAGACCAGCCAUAUAGCCAAAGGUAGCUCCGAGGGAACAUGAAAUGGGCCAUACCUGAGGAGAGAACGCAAGGAAAAAGCAGACAAUGAGAAACAUGUUUGUGUUUUUUGUACUUUGUGAGCACAAAUUCUCAGUGUAAAUCUAGGUACUGAAAGACAGCGGAGUCUUAUUCUAGUUUAAAGCUUGAUGUGCUUUCCUAAAAAUGCCACAAGUAUAACAAUCAUACGUGCAUCUUCAUGAACACUAAAUGCUGUGGUACAGUUUUGUUAUUUUCUAUAUGAAUAUGUAUUAAAAUGUAACCGGGCUUCUGGCUGUUGCAGACCUUAGUUUGAUAUUCCCAAAACUAUGUGAAAAACUGAUUAGCAUUUAAAUCCCCUGAAGUGUUCAGCUAACUUAGUGUCCUGCUGCACACAUCUUGAAACCUACAGAUUUUAUUUUUUCUGACAGUUAGACUUGAAGAUCUUUGUAGGUCCCUUCCAACUGAAACUAUUCUAUUCUAAGUCUGCCUUUUUCCAUUUUUCCGUCCAAUCUUUCAUGGCAUUCUGAAACUUUCAGAGGUGUGUCUAAAUAACCUAAUAAUCCAAUAAGGCCAGAGACUGAGAUGAAUAGAGGGUUUUUUUUUUUUCUAGACUUGAAAAGUAGGCAGAGGGAUGAAUUCCCCUCUGGCUAGAAGAAGGAAGCAAACUUAAGUCUGGAAACUGACUGAACAUCCUGCACCCAGUUCAGGAAAAAUAUAAUAAGCCAGUUAUGUUGAAGACUCCAAGACAGCUUUCAUUAUAGGCUCUAUUUCCUAACAUAAGAACAGGGAACUGACUCAAUACAGCUGACUCACUUACACAAAGCAUCUAGUAUUGAGGCAAAGAAGUAAUGGAAUCCUUCCCCCCACCACUGUCAAAUUGGUAUUGAUUUUCAGGGAGGAUGGGCCAAAACAAAACUUUAACCAUUCUGUACUCAGAUGUAGCAUAUUUUAACGUCAACUGCGUGUUGCAUUUGAUGAAGGUCCCAACUAUGUUGGUGAUUAAAAAUAUUUAUUGUAGAAUAAACUGAAUUCCCACCUCUCUUCAAAAUUUUCUUUUGUAUAUUGCAGGGACAAUUUUGCACAUCCUGCUGUACAGUCCUUAAGCUAGUACAGACUGCACUGUCCUGUUCUUUGUUUUUUAAAUUAAGGGGGAUAUUCCCCUUCUAUAGUACUUGAGACUGAGAAAUGCACUAGACAUUAAAGAAAAUAUCCACAUCUCAGUGUCCAGCCUUUUUUUCUACUUCAUUUUGACUGGCAAUUCAUGAGAAUCAAAUGAACUUACUCUUAAUGGUUCUGGUUUCUCCUCUCACUCAUUUUCCUAGAUCUGAUUCUUUUCUUCACUUCAUUAUUGCAGGGAGAAAUAGAUUUAUUCACAUCCUUCAAUCAUUGGAAUUUUAACUAGGAAUAAGAGUAACUUAUUUUUGUCCUCUGCUGUUUCAUCUUCACAUUCCUUAGCGUUUGCAGUUUUAUAUAUUAUUUGGAGGUCUUAAGGAGUGUAGCAAAGAUGACUAUAAACAAGGUGCCUUAGGUACUCUUUAUUGACCUUGUUUCAUUCUUCCAUUUCCAAACAUUGUAUCUCUGCUACUUGGUUUCAUUGCUAGAAUGUUUUGGCUGUUGCCUCUCAAACCAAAGACUUGCUUGUUUCUAUUCAGUUAACAGUGGCAUUGUAGAUCUUCUAUAAAAAGCCUUGAGAUGCUUUGGCACAGUAGGAUAUUAUGUACAUUUAAAACUCACAUGACUUUGUGGCCUUGGCUAAACUUACGCUUCAGGUAGAUAUUUUCAACUUUUAAACGAAAUGUAAUCAAGUUAUUUCUAACGUUUUGCAGGCUAUUUUAAGUGUCUAAAGGACAAAAGCAAAAACGUCCCUGAGACCCCAGUUACUUGUAAUGCUCAGUGGAAACAGCAGUCAAACUUUCUUAUCCACUGGUGAAGAGAAAUACCAUUCUAACAAAACUAAUGACAGAAGCUUCAUAACUCAGUGGUCUUCUUUUGCACCAAAUUCUCUGUGAGCGAUCAAUGGUCCUUCAUUAAAUUUUACCUACAUUAGGUGAAUCUAUUGUAGCCAAAUUGCUUUUCAGAAGUAUGAGUAGAUGUCAGACUCUGAAUUUUUCAUGUUCCCUUAACCAGUAAGGUCAAUAUCUCUGAGACCCAUUCACUCUGUAUUUUUUGGUAUUGUGUGUAUAGCGAGCAAUUGUUGAAAUGAUUAAAAUGAUCUCUCUUGAUUGCUGUAGCUUCUUUUUCCUGAUUGAAUCACAACUUGGAGCACAGUUUCUCAAUAGUUUUCCUGAAUUAUGUAACUUAAUAUUGAUGAUGCCUCUCUCUGCCCUCCAAAACAUUCAAUUUGUGCUUUGAUUGUUUUUAAAAAAAUCAGUGUUACCUCACGGACAUUCAGGCUGUUUUACUUAACACAUGACCUCUGAAAUCCAUCUCUCACCCAUGGCAGACAUCAAAGGUAAGGGGCAAAAGGGAGAAACCGUACAACACUCCAUCUCACUGACUGUGAAUGGGAUAGAAAAAGGAACACCAUCCUUCUAGUGGCAUAGAAAAGAAAGGUACUACAGGAAAAAAAAGGAUGUUACCAGGUGCCUUAUUAUUGCUGUAGGCCCACGUGUGUUAUGCUGGUCAGACGGCACAAAACAGUUGUGAAGUCACCUUGGCCUUCUGAAAACUCCCUAAGCACAGGAGCUACAGGCCUGUACAUAAGAGAGUAGCUGUCCUGAUGUCACCUCUCAAGGCAGGGCAAAACAAUAAACAAGUAAUGGUACAAGCUCUACACCUUUUAUUCUUGACCAUUGCCAUAUAGCCAGAUGCACCCAAGGGUGUAUUUAAAGAAACAAAUCAAAGAAAUAUUAACAUGUGGUUCUUAAGCUCAUCAGCUGCACUGAAAUAACAGCUCUUGUGUAUGCUUUACACUCUGUAGUAAAUGUACUGCAUUGUGUCCACCAAAGAAAGUGGACUGCUUUCUUUUUCAUCAGGGGCUGGCCUUGUUUUUCUGAGGUUCAGUUGCUUUCUGCUGAACCUUUUUAAAUUAAAUCGACUUCCUUCAUCAAUCUACUUUUCUCUGUCUUACACAUUUUCUGUUAAACUUGGUUUGGCAUUCCAGACUCAGUACCAAGUGAUAAAAAUCUAAGCAGCUGAUGGGCACCUACCACUUACAAGAGAUUCCAUCCAUCCCACUUGUUGAAAGUACCCAACUUGUAAUGUAUUCCUUUCACUUUCUGAAAACUGCUCAGUUCGGUUUCUCCUUCUUUGUGUUCCUUUCUGCUAUGAGCAAGCUGACAUAACCUACUCCACCACUGAUGUCAUACUUGGGGUGGAGUAGGUGGAUCAGCAGCAGGAAAAUAAGAUGUUAGGCAACAUUACCUAACUGCAGUUUUUUGAAGGAGAGGAGAGGAAGUUGAUCUGCAGAGAAAAAUAUGGGGAAUGUAGGAGGCAGGACAGAACAUUCUUCAGGAAACUGUUGUGAAAUACCUUGUGUAUCCCAGCAGCUGGGAAGCAUCAGCUACCAUCCUCACAGCCUAAUACAAAAACAGUCAGUUUAUGUACCAAAUGCAUGUGGAAACAGGCCAGUUCUAACAACGUGUAUGUGAUUGCUAAGAAUCCGAACAGCGUCUUGGCAACAACAAAUCCCACCUGCAUGCCUAACAAGCACAGAAAUUGAAUUUUAAGGGAUAGAGCAGAAGCCAGUGGUUAACAGAAAGCAAUCCUGACUUCUGCUAUUUCAAUUUUCUUCUUGCCUUGUUCUUUUCAUCUGGCAGUGCUGACAGGACUUAACAGGAAUUUCUUUAGGCUAGCUAAAUAGACGCUGCAGAACUGCAAGGUUUCUAGUAUAGCUAAGAACUUAUUCUAAGAAUGAGAACAGGAAUUGCCAACCUUUCAGGAAAUGAAUGAGCUAGUUUCCUAAGUGCUCUUCAGAACACCUGAGCCAACUUGAGAAUACCUAACAUAUUGCAUGGAAAGAGAAGCAUGUUGCAGGAUCACGGCAGGAUGAUCCUUGCUCUGCUAUACUCUGCAUGUAGCUAGUUCAAAGCAGACUUCUGGCUGCAUGACAGUUUUGUCCUCUACUCUGAGUCCGCAACAUGCAUCCCAUGCAGUAGGAAGCACGUCAACACUGACAAUGACGUAAAGGCCAGAUUCUUACAAAGCAGAGCAGUAAAGCCCUAAUAAAGGUUUUAAGGGUAUCAUAAAGUAAGCAGGUGACUGCUGGUACAAACAGAGUGGGGUAAUCUACUGCAUUUAUUAUUUAAAUAAAUAAACAAACAAACAAGCAGGUCCCAUUCUGCAGAUAAGUGCUUUUCUCAUAUGCCUACACUAGGAUUCUUUUGUAUUAAGAUUUCCAGAGAUCCGUUUCUGAUUGUCAAUGUAAAAGCUAUGUAAGAUUUUUAUUUCACUUAAGAACCGAAUAAAUGAGCACAAUGAUUUUCCCCCUGUUCCUAACAUGCCUUAAAUUACAGAUUUAGUCUGCACUGUCUUAGAAUUUUUAGAACAUACUUUUAACCCGUUUUGGUUGUGUGAAUGUUAAGUAGAAGUGUCUUAUCACAUCGUACAGAAUGUGUAUGUUGACAAGCACGUGCUGCGGAGAAGAAAGUGUGAAGAUUUUUUCAGGCUGGCAUCUGUAAUCAGAAGUUGGUUUUGUGGAUUUGUGUUCUAAAGUUCCAGCAAGCAUGGCUGCCUUUGAUUUCACCAUUAAGGUUUACACUAAGAAAACAGACCUUUAAAUAAACAAUGAUAACCCCACUGAAGUGGAACAGGCUUCUACCUCUGUUUAAAACAAACAAACAAAAACACACCCAAAAACCACAAUCAAACACUUCCCCCACCCCAGUGAAUAUUAUCCCUGCUACUCUUAUGAAGCAACUUCUUUUAUGACAAAAUUUCCACAGUAAUUAAUAGAAGCUAAAGCAAAUACAGGAAUGAUACUCUCUCAGCUACUUUAAGAAUAACAACAUAGCAUGAAAGUUUAUAGUUCUGGUUCAGCUUACUUAAGUAACCACCAAAAAUUGCACCCAAGAUUCUCCACUGACUCUUUUUCAGGUUGCAACUGUCCAAGAGGUAUCUAGGCCAAUAUUUAGUCACACUGGCUAAACUACAUGGCAGUCAGUCAACUCAAGUUAUAUCAGCACUACCUGUUAUGUUACAGGCAUUCAGUAUGAAGUAGGAACUCAUACUUCAAUGUCACUUUCAUAUAUGAUACAAAAACACCGUAGACAAGAUACGGUUUCAAAGUCACAGUUUAUCAUCCAUAACUACAGAUCAAAAUUAUGCUAUGAGAAAAAUGGGUAGGCAUGAAAACAGUGAACUUCAGAUGUUUUCAAAAUCUGAUGUCAAAACAUGCAAUAAAGCCAGGAACUUCACUCUUUGCUAAAUAAAGUUUGUGAGUGAUGUAUGGGAUAUUUGGAAUACUAGCUCUACAGCAUACAGAGUAUGCUGAUAAUGUUUUCAUCGUUAAGUACACCAUCUUAUUCUGCAACUCAGUUACCUCAGACUGUGCAAAGAAAGUACGUGUCACUUUGUGUCUAGUACCAUCUACACUAUCCCACUCUGUUUCAGCAGUGCUGUGCUUUGAGGUGCCACUUCCCAGAUGACACACAAAGCUUGGAUCCUAAUCACGUGUGGUUAUUGAACCAUCAACCUGAAAUAGUCAAUCUGGGGAAAAAAAUAAUAAUAAUAAAAAAACAACUAAGCAACUGCAGCAAAGGAAGUUAUUUCCUUUUUCUUUCCUGAAACUAUUCUAACUAACCGUAAUCCUUACAUCACCACUGUGCACCAGAUGACUAGAGGCAACUAGCUAUAGAUGCAUAACUAGGAAACUUCUGAUCAUCAUCUAGAAUAGUUAAGUGAUCACAUUUAAGCCCCACAGAUUAUUUGUAAAAUUUGUUAGGAAUUUGACAGUAAGCUCAAGACACUGAAAAAUACUCAUUCUACCAAUAUGGUAUUUUUUCUCUGCAAGACAUGUUUUAGUAUACUAUGUCUUGAGAAGUGUGUUGUUUCUUUUUUAAUACAGAAAUGUAACUGCUGUAGGGACUUGCUUUCCUGUACAUCAACUGUCCUUACAUCUUUACUUUUACCUUUGCCUGAGAUUGGAUUAAUUCUGCGGUAUUCUUAAUUCUUCUGUAACCAGAAAGAAGCACCUGGUAGGCCUCCCUGAGCAACUGUUUUGCACAGUUAGAAAAUAAAGUUUACCGAAAAGCAGCAGGGAGACAACAGGCAUGGCCAUACUCUAUGUUAAAAAGUUACUUCACGAAUAACAACAGAAUAAUGAAGAACAAUGAAUGAGGAUACCAAAUGACUUUCAGCAAUAUGUUAUAUACUUCUAACAGAAAUGCUAUAUACGUUUUUCAUUUCCAUUCUGAAACAUUAUUCAGACAAUGAAUGUCAUUUUAUUUCCAGAAUAAUAUUCCGCUCCUACUGAGUUUCAUUUACUUAGAAUAAAAGUUGUCAGUUAUAUGCCAAAAGAUGUGUUUUACAUAAUUAUAUUUAAAUGUAGGGCCACUAAUCUGAAUAUCCCCUGUAUGCAAUAUUUUUCACAAUAUGAACGUGGAAAAUAAAGUGAAGAUUUUCUGAGA